GAAUCAACACAUUGUUCUGAGACUUUGAUUUUGACAAUUACCUGAAGUAGGGAUGCCUGCAGAUUUCAGUGGUUACUGGAAAAUGGUCAGCAAUGACAAUUUUGAAGAGUAUCUGAAAGCACUGGAUGUAAAUGUUGCUGUAAGAAAAAUAGCAAACUUGCUAAAACCUGACAAAGAAAUCCUUCAGAAUGGGGAUCAUAUGAUCAUUAAAACGCUAAGCACUUUUAGAAACUACAUCAUGGAAUUUGAUGUUGGAAAGGAGUUUGAGGAGGAUUUAGCUGGGGUGGAUGAUCGCAAAUGCAUGACCACUGUAUCUUGGGAUGGAGAUAAGCUGCUUUGUGUACAGAAUGGAGAAAAAGAAGGUCGUGGUUGGACCCAGUGGAUUGAAGGAGAUGAAAUGCACCUGGAAAUAAGAGUGUGUGGAGUCAAGUGUAAGCAGGUCUUUAAGAAGGUGCAGUGAGCCUACUUCUGAUACAGAAGUGAAGAACAGUAGAAUUUACAAACUUACCAGCAAAUGUCCAAAUGCAGUAAUGAACAUCAUCAGUGACAAGAGCAAACACAGAAAUGAAGAUUACACUAGAACUGUAUAGUUAGAAUAAAAUAUUUUUAACAAAUCAUUUUAAAGAAAUAACUGCAAAUAAAACUAUUUUUAGAAAUGCCAAUUAAAGAUAAUAAACACUAUAAA